AUGAAUGUCGAUCUGGUUUUGCAGCAAUUGACUCUUGACGAAAAGAUCCACAUCUUGUCAGGAGUCGAUUUUUGGCAUACUUAUGCCAUUCCAAGACUUAAUGUACCUUCGAUUCGCACCAGUGAUGGUCCCAAUGGAGUCCGGGGAACAAAGUUUUUUGAUAGUGUUCCAGCAGCUUGUUUUCCUUGUGGCACUGGAUUAGCAGCAACUUUCAACAAGGAAUUGCUCUAUGAGGUGGGAGAAAUGAUGGGUGUGGAAGCAAGACACAAAGGUGCUCAUGUUCUUUUGGGACCCACUACCAAUAUGCAAAGGGGCCCAUUAGGUGGGCGAGGAUUUGAGUCUUUCAGCGAGGACCCUCACUUAGCUGGUUUGGUUUCAGCAGCCAUAAUCAAUGGAAUUCAAAGCAAAAAGGUAGCCGCAACCAUAAAACAUUAUGUUGCAAAUGACUUGGAACACGAGAGGAAAGCCAGUGAUUCUGUAAUGACGGAAAGAGCUCUUCGAGAAAUAUACCUUGAGCCAUUUCGGUUGGCACUCAAGCAUUCCAAUCCAAAAGCAUUGAUGACAUCGUACAACAAAGUCAAUGGAAUUCAUGUCUCUCACCACAAACACCUUUUGCUUGAUAUCUUGAGAGACGAGUGGAAGUAUGAUGGAACUAUCAUGUCGGAUUGGUGGGGCACCUACACGUCCAAAGAAGCAAUUGAGGCAGGUCUAGACUUGGAGAUGCCAGGUCCGACUCGUUUUCGUGACAACGCUACAAUGGGCCAUAUGGUGCAGACCAGAGAGCUUCACAUAAACGACAUCGAUCACCGGGUGAAAAAUAUCUUAAAGUUGAUAAGUUACGCCAGUCAAUCAGGAAUUCCAGAAAAUGGAAAGGAAGAUACCUUGAACAACACAAAGGAAACGGCAGCUUUCCUUCGUAAGAUUUCAAACGAGUCCAUCGUUUUGUUGAAAAACGAAGGAAUGCUUCCAUUGAAGUCUUCUGAGAAAAUUGCAGUUAUUGGACCCAACGCAAAGUAUGCAGCGUACUGCGGUGGUGGGUCUGCUGCCUUGAAGGCAUAUUAUACUGUGACUCCGUACGAGGGAAUCUGCAGCAAAUUGGAUCAUCAACCUCCAUAUACUGUGGGUGCGUAUGCUCAUCAAAAGCUUCCUCCUCUUGCUCAAAGAUUGGUCAAUCCAGUUACGCACGAGGUGGGUUAUAAUAUGAAAUUUUAUCAUGAUGUGGACCGCAAGAGUCAGUUUGACGAAAUAAACACUCUGGACUCUAGAAUUUUCUUGGCAGACUACCAUCAUCCUGACCUUCACUCCAACCUAUACUACAUAGAUGUGGAGGGAAACUUGAAGGUUGAGGAAUCUGGAGCAUAUGAAUUUGGAGUCGCUGUAUGGGGCACAGCAAAGCUUUUCAUCAAUGACAAGCUUGUAAUCGACAACUCUGUGAAUCAAGUACGGGGACCUUCGUUCACCAACUUAGGAACCAUCGAGGUCAAAGAUACAAUAAUUCUUGAGGCAGGAAUCGACUACAAUCUCAAAAUUGAAUUUGGGUCAAUUCCUACUUCCACCAUCAAAUCCGAAGGCUCACCACCAUUUGGUGGAGGCGGAAUUCAGUUUGGGUUUGCCAAAGUCAUUGACGCUGAUGAGGAAAUUGCCAAUGCAGUUUCCAUUGCCAAAAGUGUCGACAAAGUUGUUCUUUGCAUUGGUUUGAAUCAGGAAUGGGAAAGUGAAGGUUACGAUCGUCCCAGCAUGGAAUUACCGGGGCGUACCAAUGACUUGGUGAGAGCAGUAUUGGCCGAAAAUCCCAAUACAAUUGUGGUCAACCAAUCAGGUACUCCAGUUGAGUUCCCUUGGAUUAAAAAGGCUCCUGCAGUGAUCCAAGCCUGGUACGGUGGAAAUGAAACUGGAAACUCCAUAGCAGACGUUUUAUUUGGCGACUUCAAUCCUUGUGGGAAACUAAGCUUGACAUGGCCAUUGAAAGUUCAGGACAACCCAACAUUCCUCAAUUUCCGGACAGAGAAAGGAAGGGUGCUCUAUGGCGAAGAUGUCUUUAUUGGGUACCGUUAUUACGAGAAAUUGCAGAAACAAGUCGCCUUCCCGUUCGGAUUUGGGUUAUCGUAUUCUGAGUUUGUCUUCUCCAACCUCAAAGUCAAUACUCAGGACAACUUGAAAGUUACAGUGGAUGUGGAAAACGUGGGCCAAGUUGCAGGUUCUGAAACGGUACAGGUAUAUGUUGCCCCACAAAACAGCACCAUAAUUCGGCCAGUCAAGGAGUUGAAGGGAUUCGAGAAAGUGUACUUGAAACCCGGAGAGAAGGUCACAGUCCAUCUAGACAUGGCGAUGAGUGACUCAAUCUCAUUUUUUGACGAAUACCAAAAAGCUUGGUGUGCUGAAAAAGGCGACUACCAAGUCCAAGUUGGUACAAGCAGCGACGACAUUGAGUUGAUAGGCGAGUUCAAGGUAGCAGCGACCAAGUACUGGAAGUAG